AUGUGCGAGCUGGUGGCGGGCUGCGAGGCGAGCGGCGAUGGGGUCGUGGGUGGACGCGCGCGCGCUGCAUCCGCGUGCGUCGCGCGCUCCCCGUCGUCCUCCCCCAUGACGCUGCCCUCCGCGUCCUCGUCGCCCCUCAGCCUCUUCACGCCCUUGUCGCACCACCGCUCGCCGCUGCUCUCGCCCUGCCCCUCCCCCUCGCCGCUGCGCACGCUUGACGAGGAUGCGGCGGACGCCGCGGAGGGGCUUGAGGAGCGGCAGUGGGGAAUGGCGGGGAUUCGCGGGGCAGCGGCGGAGGCGGGCGCAGGGGUCGGGUUGGCGGGAGGUUGCGCGCCGAUGCGGCGGAGUGCGGCGUCGGUGUCGAUGCCGUCGCUGUGCGCCGCGCCGUGGGAGGGCGACGGGCUGACGGCGAGCGCGUGGCUGCCGGGCGGCAGCGGGCGAUGGACUCCCGGCGGCGCUGCGGCGUGGCUGGCGCGCGACGAGAGCGAGCGAUGGGCGACCCACGGCGAAUGGGCGGUGGGCGAGCGCAGUGCGCGGAGAGGAGCGGCGGGCCCUGGGAGAAUCAGAACGACAGGGACGGCGAAGGAAGGCGGCCAGGCAGGGGGAGGGCAGCGCCCUGCGACAGGCGGAGGGGCGAGAGCGGGGGCGGGAUGGCGGGAGCUUGGACGGGAGGCGGAAGGGCGAGGGGGCUUGUGGGGGCCGCGGGCGAGGGAGGUGGGCGGCGCGAAGCGGGGCGUGCGGGGGCGAGGCAGGGACGGGUCGUGGGGGGGCGAUGAGAGCGGCGCGGCCAGCGUGGGCGGGGAUUGGGCGGAGGAUGUGGCGGAAAGGGAGGCGGAGGAGGGGAGGGGGAGGGAGAAGAAGGCGAAGGGCGGAAUGGUGGCGGGUGCUGGUGAGGACGCGCGGGUUGGAGAGAGGAGCAGCGGUGCUGGCAGGGGGGACAAGAAUGCGGGGGGCGGGGGAGUGAGCUUGGAGCGCGAGCUGCAGGAGUGGCUGGGCGCUGCACUGCCGUGCGCCACCCACAGGGGCAGCAGCGGGGCGAACGAGCAGCCCCCAGGCGGAGUGGAUGCGAGCAGGGCAGCGGCGAGCGGUGAGGGCGCGAGCAGGAGCGGUGAGGGCGCGAGCAGGAGCGGUGAGGGCGCGAGCAGGAGCGGUGAGGGCGCGAGCAGGAGCGGUGAGGGGGGGGUUGCUGGUGGCAUGGUGGCGGAGCAGCAGCAAGCAGGCGUGAGCGAGCCCGAGGGGAGGAAUGGGGGGAGGGCGGGCGAGCAGCGAGAGGGGACGGGGGCGGAGGCGCAGCAGGUGGUGUUCCGUGUGACGGCACAGGAGCAGGGUCGCCGCCCCGCCGCUUGGAAGCCCGAGGUUGAGCCCCGCCGAAGCAGGCAGUCAGGUUCGAUGUUUGGGUCGGGGGAGGAUGCGUUGACACUGGAGUCGUUUCUGUUCGGCGGCAGGAGGGCGCGCGCAGGGCUGCGGGGUCAGGGCGCACAGACGUGGCAGGUGGAUGACGGCAAUGGUGCGAGGCAAGGCGGGACUGGCGGGGCCGGCGUGGGCGGAGGCAGCGAUGUGAAGGUGGGUGCGGUGCAGGCGGAUGGCAGCGCCUCGCCCGCUGGUCCCAGCCAUGCCCUGGCAGCAGCCGACACCGUGGCGGGCAUGGCGGGCAUGGCGGGCAUGGCGGGCAUGGCGGGCGUGGUGUGCUGGUGUCUGCCGUGGGUGGCGGCAGCAAGGGGCGCACGGGUGGUGGGUGGGUCGCUGGACGUGGCUGCUGCCGUGGCGGCGCUGGGUGGCACAGAGGGCGCGGAGGCUGAGGCUGCAAGCAGCGGUGGUAGCAGGGGGGCAUGGGAGGGCGCGGGCAAGGCGGCGCAGCAGCAGGAGGCGAGCAGCGGGCAGGCGGAGGGUGCAGUGGAAGCGGAUGGGGGAGGGCAGCGCACAGAGACAGGCGUGAGGCAGGGGGAUGGCGGGGCAGCGGUGGUGGGAGGGAAGUGGAAAGGAAGAGGGGGUGCGCGCAGGCAACAAGGCAGUGCGGGCGAGGUUGAGCGCGCCUUCGAGGUGGCGCCCGCCCACCUGCUCGCCCUGCACCGGUGGCUGCUGCACUCAGCGGCAUCCCUGCUGCGCGCCGUGGAGCGGAGCCGCGCCGCACUGCCACGGCUGCAGUGGGCGGCGCUGCAGGAGGUGCUGCCGCGCUGCCAGUCGCUGCUCUCUGCUGCUGCCACCCUGCACCGCCGCACACCGCAUGCUGCCAGCGACACCUUGCAUGCACAUGCAGCUGCUGCAGCCAGGCUGGGUGGGGGAGGGGGAGCCGCGGCAGCGACAGCAGCGGCGGGUGCUGGCGUGUGCAGCCCUCCCCACAGCUCUUCAUCCGCUUCCCCCGCCUCCUCUGCUGCCCCCCAUGCCACUGCUGCGCCUUACAGCGCUGCGGAGCGUGGUGCCUGUGGGGGGGGCGGUGGUGGGGGCAGCAGCAUGGAGGAGGAUGGGGCUGGCAGGCACAUGGGCGGGGCGGUGCAAGGGAGGGGCGCACACGCGGAUGAGGGCAGGGCGCAGGGCAGCGAGGAUGAGAGCAGAGGGGCCGGCUGUGAGCGUAGAGCAGGGGAGGGGUCAGGGUGGGCCGCCUCUGCUGUUGCUGCUGCUGGCAGUGCUGAUGGGGACGACGCCUGUGUGCCAGUUGCCACCUCGGGUGCGCACGGCCAUGUGCCCCAGCAACCUCACCAUGCUCAGCAGCGUGUGGGGGCAGGAGGGGAUGCAGCGGGUGGUGCUCUUCCUGACACCGUGCAUGCGCCUCCUGCCUGCACGCCCUCUCACCUCACCACCACUCAUGCCCUCCUGUGCGUCCCACCACCACUCACACUGCCCGCUGCUCCAAGCGCUCCCCAUACUGAAGCCACCCCGUGUGGGAAAGCCACCCCGUGUGGGAAAGCCACCCCGUGUGGGAAAGCCAGUCGGCAAGAGCCCUCCGUGCCGUCCUUCCCUUGCUUCUCGCCAUUUGCCGCUGCAGCCACUCCCCCCCAAGCAGCAGGGACUCCCCUGCACGUGCCCUGGGCGGCGAGGGCAGCGGGGCAUCGAGUGAGUCGCAGCAUGGACGGCAGCAGUGACGUGGCGUCGGGGCUGAGCGGUGGUGCGUCGGGGCUGAGCGGUGGUGCGCGGCAGCAGUUUGUGGAGAGCAGGCGGCGGCAGCAGCAGGCGGUGCAGGCGUGCGUGCAGGCGCUGCAGGGCGGGCUCUUCUCCCCGUACGGCCGCACCACUCACACCGCCGGGCAUGCUGCCACCAGCAGGUGGCGAGGGGGCGCAGCAGAGGGUGCAGUGGGCAGAGGCAUUGAGGGCAGCAGUGGGGACGGAGGGGAGCGAGCAGGGGAAGAGGGCGACGAGAUGGGGGAGGACGAGAUGGGGGAGGACGAGAUGGGGGAGGACGAGAUGGGGGAGGACGAGAUGGGGGAGGACGAGAUGGGGGAGGACGAGAUGGGGGAGCACGAGAUGGGGGAGCACGAGAUGGGGGAGCACGAGAUGGGGGAGCACGAGAUGGGGGAGCACGAGAUGGGGGAGCACGAGAUGGGGGAGCACGAGAUGGGGGAGCACGAGAUGGGGGAGCACGAGAUGGGGGAGCACGAGAUGGGGGAGCACGAGAUGGGGGAGCACGAGAUGGGGGAGCACGAGAUGGGGGAGCACGAGAUGGGGGAGCACGAGAUGGGG